AUGACAUCAUCCGAUGAUGAAUAUGGUCAACCAUCGAAUAAUAAUAAUAAUAAUAAUAAUAAUAAUCUAACUAAUCAGCAAAGCAAUUAUAAUCGUCGCAUGAAUAGCAAUAGUAAUAAUCCUUACUCAUCUGGAUCCGGUAUUGAAGUUCGUUUAUUAAUGACUUCUCGUGAUGCUGGAGCAGUCAUUGGUAAAGGUGGUUUAUCAAUACAAAAACUUCGUGCUGACCAUCCACGUACAACAAUUCAAGUACCCGAUUGUGCAUCACCUGAACGUGUAUUAAUCAUAAGUGGCGAACAAGAACAAUGUUUUGAUGCUUUAGGUCAGAUCAUUCCAUGUUUAAUUGAUAGUUCUCGUCUUUCAUCAUUCAAUCGAAGACGCAAUACAAAUUCUGAUCAAGUGCAAUCAACUAAUAACGAUCAAAAUGAACAGACAGCAUCAGAAAUUCGAAUGCUUGUUCAUCAAAUUUAUUGUGGAGCUAUUAUUGGUAAAGGCGGACAACAUGUUAAAGAAUUACGACAAACAUACACUCUUGAUAUUAAAGUAUUCUCACAAUGUUGUCCCUUAAGUCAUGAAAGAGUUAUUUCAUUACGUGGAAAACCUGAAGAUAUUAUUGAAUGUAUUAAAAAUAUCUACAAUUUAAUGGUCACAUCAUCACAACAACCAAGAGGUUCUCCCCUAAUUCAAUACGAUCCUCAUAAUUUUGAUAUUUAUGCUGUGAAUGACUAUGGCGGCUUUCAAGCUCCAGGUGGCGUCGACGUUCGUUCUGGAUACAACCCACGAGGCUCUUAUCCACAGAAUGGAUCGCGUGGCGGUAUGUAUCCUAUUCAACCUUUACCUCCUCUUGUUGAUGUAUCCUAUGGUGGUGGACCUGGUUUAGGCACUCGCUACUCCAAUACCGCUGUGUUCACUUCGACACGUGUAACGUUACCGAAUGAACUCGUUGGAGCUGUCAUCGGACCGCGUGGUGCAAAAAUUCAACACAUACGUCAAACAACAAGUGCAAAUAUCAUUAUCGAUGAUCAAGCUAUUCCUAGUGGCAGUGGGGGUGGCAGUGAUAGAAUAAUAACAAUUGAAGGCACACCAGAACAGAUUAGUCGUGCACAAGCACUUCUUCAACAAGCUGUUCGUCAAUCAGGUCUUUGGCGACCAUAA